CUUCCGUUCAACAGGACAGAACGAUGUGGCCCGCGCGGACCCUCCUCGCUCUGGCACUUCUUUGCGCACCGGUAUCCAGCCUCUGCUUGCCAACAUACGACCCCGUAUCCAACUUUCUUUGCAACAAUGAGGUGUUCUCCGAGACGAAUGAUAACGGGCAACCAGCAAAUCCCCUGGUGGACAGUCUAAACCUCCUGUACAAAUCAGCGCACUCGCUUUCCUCCGAGGAGCCACGCGAAAGGAGGACAAUACCCGCGUCCAAAUACAGAUACUUGAGCCAGACGCAGCUCAGGAGUAAACUGUAUCGUAAUAGUGCGAAGAGCGACCGACGCAGCCAGGUCACUCUUUCCCUUGAUGUCCCCACCAACAUAAUGAACAUCCUCUUCAACAUUGCCAAAGCAAAGAACCUGCGCGCAAAGGCGGACGACAAUGCGCGCUUGCUGGCGCAGAUUGGAAAGAGAAAAUGAACUCCAAUCAAUGUCACUAAUUUGACUUUAACUGAUAUUUUUUUGUUACCAACUGAGGCAUGUUAUCUCUAAUUUAAUCGUGUAAUAAAAGUUUUUUUCAGUUGCAGUAUAAGCUAUCCUGAAAAUUAAUGUAACGU